AUGGAGCAGCCAGAGAGGAUCUGGAGCAGUCUGCCUGCCACUAAAGUCUAUUCUAAAGUGGAGAUCGCACGGCCGUCAGCUGCAAAAAUUCGCAACCUCAACCCUUCUUUUGGAGGUCUGGGUCCAUCGCUGACGGGCCUCCGCAACAUGGGCAACACAUGCUACAUGAACUCCAUCCUGCAAUGUCUGUGCAACACUCCUGCCAUGGCCGAGUACUUCAACAACAAUUACUACCUGGAGGACAUCAACAGGUACAACAUCCUCGGCCAUAAGGGAGAGGUGGCGGAGGAGUUUGGAGUGAUCAUGAAGGCGCUGUGGAGCGGUCUGUACAAGAGCAUCAGCCCGCGGGACUUUAAGGUCACCAUAGGCAAGAUCAAUGACCAGUUUGCUUGCUAUGACCAGCAAGACUCCCAGGAGCUGCUGCUGUUCCUCAUGGACGGGCUCCACGAGGACCUCAACAAGGCGGACAACAGGAAGCGGUACAAAGAGGAGGAUAACGACCAUAUGGAUGAUCAGGCAGCAGCCGACCUGGCCUGGAGCAAACACAAGCUGCUGAACGAGUCCAUCAUCGUGGCUCUGUUCCAGGGUCAGUUCAAGUCCACCGUGCAGUGUCUGACCUGCCACCGCAAGUCACGGACCUUUGAAACCUUCAUGUACCUGUCGCUGCCUCUGGCCUCCACCAGCAAGUGCUCCCUGCAGGAUUGUCUGAGGCUGUUCUCCAAGGAAGAGAAGCUGACGGACAACAACAAGGUGUUCUGCCGACACUGCAAAGCCCACAGAGACUCCACCAAGAAGCUGGAGAUCUGGAAGGUCCCGCCCAUCGUCCUGGUGCACCUAAAGCGAUUCUCCUAUGAGGGCAGAUGGAAGCAGAAGCUCCAGACGUCUGUAGAUUUCCCUCUAGAAACUCUGGACCUGUUCCAGUACGUCAUUGGACCCAAAACCAACCUGAAGAGAUACAGCCUGUAUGGGGUUUCUAACCACUACGGGGGUUUAGACGGCGGCCAUUACACGGCCUACUGUAAGAACGGCCCCAAACAGCGCUGGUACAAGUUUGAUGACCACGAGGUGAUGGAAAUCUCCACCCCCUCCGUCAAGUCCUCCGCAGCCUACAUCCUGUUUUACUCCACCCUGUGAUGGAGCCGUAGGACACAAAGAGAGAGCACCACACCAGACUCUAAAGCCUGGAGGUUGUUUGUUCUUUUUACAGCUGAGGACCUGCCUGGCGCACAUGGCUGUGGGUCGAUUAGUCGUGUGUGUGCACACUAGUGGCGAUUAGAAGGUCGCAGAUGGGAGGAAGGUGUAGGCACACUGUGCAAUGCUUCAGCUUCUAGAGGACCCUAUACCUGUUAAACAUGCCGUCUGUUCUUAUUACUGAUCAUCUAGUGACUAACUGAGGCUCCUUUUACUUCUCGAUGGGUGUGUGUAGGGCUGACGGAUGAUUCAGAUGCUCUUCAUUCUUUUCUGCCCUCGGUGUGGACGGCUGUAUCGCAGAACAGAUCGGUUCUGUGUCUACAGCCGAGUAACAGUUAGACGCCAUGUACAUACUUACCAAUGCUGAUGUUGCACAUUCAAAAUGUAAAUACCGGAGGGCAAGGUGUUUAUCUGUUAAGUGACCAAAUUAUCUUUUUUUUCCUUCUUGAAAGUAGCAGCCUUCAUUGUAUCAUCAUAUAUGAGACACACUGUGUAGGGGUUUAAAGGGAUAUUCAACCCCAAAAGCAAAGAUGUAUGUUUCCCCUCUCACCUGUAGUGCCACGUAUCAUGUCUGUGGAUUAUCUAUAGUCACUGGGCCCUGAUCUCUACAUUGCUUUGUUUCUUUUUUCUCAAAUGGAAUUAUUGAUGUUCGAGCAACCAAGUGCUAUUAUAGUUGAGAGGAAGCAGACAUUUUCUCCAGCCUAAAUCUCUGAACUCUCUGCAACUCCCACAUUGAAACAAUCUGUGUUGAUAAACAGCACUACAGGUAAGAGGAGAAAUAUGUGUUUAUGAUUUUGAGGUCAACUGGCCCCACUCUAUGGUCUUCAUGGGAUGGAAGAGUCCGUGUGUGUGUUGGCUUUUGCAUUCUUCCUUAAGCUAGGAUUGAGAUUGUUGCUUGUUCAUAUUAGCCACAUUGUUGCACUUACACAAUAUGCAAUUGGUUUAAGUUCAUGUGUAACACCUUGUUUAACAGCAGACAUUGACACUCCACUCUUUCAUACGAUGCUGAUGCUGAGAGCUUGUCCGUCUCUUCCCGGGCAGUGACAGAAUAAACCACCUGCAGAAUUCUCUGUUCACACACUUAACUCUUUACAUUCAUAUAUUCAGACACAACUGCUAUUUAGAGGGAACAUUACUGGGAUUACUUUGCAUCCUUCUUGGCGUUUACCAGUUCUGCUGGUUUCCAGAAGGCUUUAAUUUAGAUUUAUAUCAUUUUAUUUCUGUGUUCAGUACUGACCCGAGAGAAUAUGAAGUCAUGAGAAGAUGACCUUGAUCACUUACGCGAGUGUGUUAGCGUCAACCUGACCGACUGACUGAAUUACAAACCCAAACCGAACUGAUGUUUCCUCUGAAGGACCUGAGGCGGCAGGAUUUGACUUCCUAUGUAAAGUUUUAUUGCCUAGCAUGAGAUCAUUAUCUGUUUUCUUUUUACUUGUACAUGAUGAUUUUAUUACUUAAUGCUCUGGAAACAAUUAGUUUCUGAUAUAACGAUUAUAUUAACCUCAAACAACUCAUAUGACUAUUUAUUAAAACUGCUUCAAAUUAA